AAAGCACUUUGGAACCUGUGAGAGGAAGGGAUGGAUAGUAACAUCCACCUGAGUAGUUUGAUAAGCCGGCACGAUGAUGAAGCCACGAGAACAUCUACCUCAGAAGGCCUGGAGGAGGGGGAGGUGGAGGGAGAGACUCUCCUGAUCGUGGAAUCAGAGGACCAGGCAUCAGUGGACUUAUCUCAUGAUCAGAGUGGGGAUUCCCUCAACAGUGAUGAAGGAGAUGUGUCGUGGAUGGAGGAGCAGCUGUCCUACUUCUGUGACAAGUGCCAAAAAUGGAUACCGGCCAGUCAGCUGAGGGAACAGCUCAGUUACCUUAAGGGUGAUAAUUUUUUUAGGUUCACUUGUUGCGAUUGCUCGGAAGAUGGCAAGGAGCAGUAUGAAAGGCUGAAGCUCACGUGGCAGCAAGUUGUCAUGCUAGCUAUGUACAACUUGUCUCUGGAAGGAAGUGGACGGCAAGGUUAUUUCCGAUGGAAAGAAGAUAUCUGCGCCUUUAUUGAGAAACAUUGGACCUUUUUACUAGGGAAUAGGAAAAAGACGUCGACCUGGUGGAGCACAGUAGCGGGUUGCCUCAGUGUGGGAAGCCCAAUGUUCUUCCGUUCGGGUGCUCAGGAGUUCGGAGAACCAGGAUGGUGGAAGCUUGUUCACAACAAGCCCCCAACAAUGAAGCCUGAAGGAGAGAAGCUGUCUGCCUCGACUCUGAAAGUAAAAGCCUCGAAACCAACUUUAGAUCCCAUCAUUACUGUUGAGGGCCUUCGAAAACGGGCGAGUCGGAACCCCGUGGAAUCUGCCAUGGAAUUAAAGGAGAAAAGGUCUCGUACGCAGGAAGCAAAGGACAUUAGGAGAGCCCAGAAGGAAGCAGCUGGCUUUCUGGACAGGAGUACCUCUUCGACUCCGGUGAAGUUUAUAAGCCGUGGCCGCAGGCCAGACGUGAUUCUAGAAAAAGGAGAAGUGAUUGACUUCUCAUCCUUGAGCUCCUCUGACCGCACCCCGCUGACCAGCCCAUCUCCUUCCCCAUCUCUGGAUUUCUCUGCCCCUGGGACCCCCGCCUCUCACUCGGCCACACCCAGCUUGCUCUCAGAGGCAGAUCUGAUUCCAGAUGUGAUGCCACCACAAGCCUUGUUUCAUGAUGAUGAUGAGAUGGAAGGCGAUGGGGUCAUAGACCCAGGGAUGGAGUAUGUCCCACCCCCCUCCGGGGCAACAGCAUCCGGGGCAGUAGUCGGGGGCAGAAAGGUCAGAGCGCCGGAACAGAUAAAGCAGGAGGUAGAGAGCGAGGAGGAGAAGCCCGACAGGAUGGACAUUGACAGCGAAGACACAGAUUCCAAUACAUCUUUGCAAACCAGGGCUCGAGAGAAGAGGAAGGCACAGCUGGAGAAGGACAGGAAACCUAAAGGGCCCAAGUACACACCUGUGAGCAUCUACGAGGAGAAGCUGCUCCUGAAGCGGCUGGAAGCUUGUCCCAGUGCCGUAGCCAUGACGCCGGAAGCUCGCAGACUGAAGCGGAAAUUGAUAGUCAGACAAGCGAAAAGGGAUAGAGGCUUACCACUCUUUGACUUGGAUCAAGUUGUUACUGCUGCUCUUCUGUUAGUUGAUGGGAUUUAUGGAGCCAAAGAAGGAGUUUCUAGGCUUCCAGCUGGACAAGCCACAUACAGAACGACCUGUCAGGACUUCAGAAUCCUUGACCGAUACCAGACUGCCUUGCCAUCCAGGAAAGGGUUUCGGCACCAGACUACUAGAUUUCUGUAUCGUUUGGUGGGAUCGGAGGAUCUGGCCGUGGACCAGAGUAUCGUCAGCCCUUACACCUCUCGGAUCCUGAAGCCUUACAUCAGGCGUGAUUAUGAAACAAAGCCGCCCAAACUGCAGCUCCUGUCACAGAUUCGUUCCCACCUGCACAGGAGUGACCCUCACUGGACGCCGGAAGCUGAGGCACCUCUUGAUUACUGCUACGUCCGGCCAAAUCACAUCCCAACAAUAAACUCCAUGUGUCAGGAGUUUUUCUGGCCUGGCAUUGACCUGUCUGAGUGCCUGCAGUAUCCAGACUUCAGUGUUGUUGUCCUUUAUAAAAAAGUCAUCAUUGCCUUUGGCUUCAUGGUUCCCGACGUGAAGUACAAUGAAGCUUACAUUUCAUUUCUGUUUGUCCAUCCUGAAUGGAGAAGAGCAGGGAUUGCGACAUUCAUGAUUUACCAUCUGAUUCAGACCUGCAUGGGCAAGGAUGUGACCCUUCACGUCUCAGCAAGCAACCCCGCCAUGCUGCUCUACCAGAAGUUUGGAUUCAAGACUGAGGAAUACGUCUUAGAUUUCUACGAUAAGUAUUACCCCCUGGAGAGUACGGAGUGUAAACACGCAUUCUUCCUGAGGCUGCGGCGCUGAGGUGAACGAGCGCCCCACAGAGACAGUGUGCUCUUCGAGGUGGGUCCUCACGUAGGCCGCAGGCAGCUGCUCCUGUCCCCGGGGGCCCCCGUCUCUGCGAUCAGACGGCCACUCAGACCUCUCACCGGAGGCUAGACAGGCGGUGGGCAGCAGAAUUGAGGAGCGAGCAGCCCUUCAGCAAAAGCGCUGUCCUGUCCCAUCUGCUGAGGCCUCGGCCCCCAAAUCGGGACUCCGCUAGGACUGAAUGAUGCCACUGCUGUCCUUCCACACGCAGCUUGCAGGAAUAAAGGAGCAUCUCAGCUGAUGUUCCGUCAGAGAGAGUCUGUGCCAAUGUACAGGAUGAGGAAGUGUGGUAGCCACGAACGAUUGAGGCCAUGCCGCGGGGCGCUAGCCCGUCAGAGACGGUGGGAGAUUCAGCCCACGGAGGGAGGCCAGCACUCACCCGGCCACCGGUGAGCCGUCGUUGAGCCUUGAACCUGGGAAGACUUCUAGGGCACUGAGCUGCUGCUGUCUCUCCCUGACUUUGGCCACAGUCAAAAUAAACAGAGUGUUUGUGUCCACGUGCGUGUCACCUGCUCUGCUGUUAGCAUCUCCCGCCAGAGGACCCCUCCUCCCCAC